AUGUCUGGUCAAUAUAAAACCAGUAAAAUAGAAUCAAAUUACGAACCUAUCACCCCGUAUCGUGAUAGAGCGGCUGAAAGACGUAAUUUCAAGGAGGAAAGCUGUGAAAAGGAUUGUCAUUAUGAAUUGUCACACGAUAAAAGUGCACUGGAUGUAUACGAUCAAGGUGAGAAUGUUGAAAAGACGAAUCCAGUAAAGGGUUUGGAUUACAAUCUACUAAAUCAAAUACGAAAAGAGUAUUCUAGAAAAAUAAAUACUACUAAAAAUGUUGGUCUGGAGGCUGGAUCAAGUGAAUUGGGAGGUUUAAUUGCCAAGUGUUUCUUCUACCCUCAUCCUCAUCACUUCCAAUUCGAUCAGCAACUCUAUAACUUGUAUUCAUUAAUCGGUAAAGGUUUCGUCUUUAACAAGAGCAGUAAAGACAUUUUUAGAAGAAAUAAAAUCUAUGUAUUUGACAACAAUAUCACCAGUCAUACUUGCGGCGAUACUUGGGUACAAGGGAUUAACCCAUACCCUAAUGAAUCUAUUUUGAAGGAACUAAAUGAAGCAAUCUUGUGGCAUCAGGAAAACCGCAAGAAACUAAUUCAAGAACGGUUACCAACGGAAGCUCGUGUUAAAUCUAACAAUAAUGACUCCUGUAAUGAUGACGAUGAUCCCAACGAUGAUAUUUUUGCCAACGCAACAAAAUAUGUGUCAGACAAUAUACAAAUCCAGUCUAUCUCAGAAAUAGGAAUGCUAGACAAUAUAUACAAUUUUGAAAAUGAUAACUACGAAAUACACACAUAUAAACCUAAGGGUCGAAGGAAGAGAGAAAUUGAGGAAUGUACGGACGUUUAUAUGGAAUGUUUUCCUGAUUUCCAGGAAAUUGAUGUGGAUAAUGAAGUUGAUGGUAAAAAGAAGGGGAAGAAGGCUGGAAUCAAGAAGGAAUGGAGAGAGAUUAAGAAUAUCAUCGAUGAUAAGAGGACUAUCACAUUUGAUGAAUUGGAUAAGUUUGCCAAAAAGUAA